AUGGAGCUGUUUGAACACUUCCGUGUAACAGAACAAACGAUCAAAAAUAUAGCAAUUAAAGCAAGAGAAAAAACUCAGAAGACAUUUCAACAGAUCACAAAUGCAUUAGGCCAAGCAAAAACCACAGUGAAUUUUCACAGUAUAACAAUGGAGUCCGAAAAUAUAACUAACGACAAGAAAUCGCCUCCGGUUAAGCCUACGGCCAGUAUGAAGUGCAAACCUAAGGUGAGCAUACACUCCAGCAAGUGCCAACACAGUCCACUGAAUCGCUUGAAAGCAACAUAUCAAAAUCACCACGAGAAAAAAAUUUCACAUGUAACAAGCCCUGGAAGGCUAAAAAGACCUCUAAGAAGUACAAGAAAUGGUCCGAAACAGUCAACCCUGGAAUGUGCUUCACCGCCAAGUAAGAACAUCCGUGGUCAGGGGGAUGAUGGGGAUCGUGCUUUGAGAUCGGGUAAUAACCCUCAGAUGGCUGUCACCGUGGAUGAGAAUCGGCGAAUUUCGAUAGACACUUCGGAUUCUGAACCGCCUACCAUGCGCGCCAGCAAUACUGGGCUAAGAAGCCCUGGGAAGUUGAAAAGACCGCUAAGAGGUACAAGAAAUGGUCCGAAACAGUCAACGCUGGAAUGUGCUUCACCGCCAAGUAAGAACAUCCGUGGUCAGGGGGAUGAUGGGGAUCGUGCUUUGAGAUCGGGUAAUAACCCUCAGAUGGCUGUCACCGUGGAUGAGAAUCGGCGAAUUUCGAUAGACACUUCGGAUUCUGAACCGCCUACCAUGCGCGCCAGCAAUACUGGGCUAAGAAGCCCUGGGAAGUUGAAAAGACCGCUAAGAGGUACAAGAAAUGGUCCGAAACAGUCAACGCUGGAAUGUGCUUCACCGCCAAGUAAGAACAUCCGUGGUCAGGGGGAUGAUGGGGAUCGUGCUUUGAGAUCGGGUAAUAACCCUCAGAUGGCUGUCACCGUGGAUGAGAAUCGGCGAAUUUCGAUAGACACUUCGGAUUCUGAACCGCCUACCAUGCGCGCCAGCAAUACUGGGCUAAGAAGCCCUGGGAAGUUGAAAAGACCGCUAAGAGGUACAAGAAAUGGUCCGAAACAGUCAACGCUGGAAUGUGCUUCACCGCCAAGUAAGAACAUCCGUGGUCAGGGGGAUGAUGGGGAUCGUGCUUUGAGAUCGGGUAAUAACCCUCAGAUGGCUGUCACCGUGGAUGAGAAUCGGCGAAUUUCGAUAGACACUUCGGAUUCUGAACCGCCUACCAUGCGCGCCAGCAAUACUGGGCUAAGAAGCCCUGGGAAGUUGAAAAGACCGCUAAGAGGUACAAGAAAUGGUCCGAAACAGUCAACGCUGGAAUGUGCUUCACCGCCAAGUAAGAACAUCCGUGGUCAGGGGGAUGAUGGGGAUCGUGCUUUGAGAUCGGGUAAUAACCCUCAGAUGGCUGUCACCGUGGAUGAGAAUCGGCGAAUUUCGAUAGACACUUCGGAUUCUGAACCGCCUACCAUGCGCGCCAGCAAUACUGGGGUUACUGAGUCAAACCAAUACAGCAACGUCGAACCAUGCAUUACAGGAGCUGCCAAAAUCGAAACAGUCAUUCAAAGACUAUCUGAAGAAAAGGAAUCAUUGAUGCCUACUUCCAUCUCUCAACCGCUUGUUGAACGCUGCAGUCACAUUAUCGACAAGUCACCUACAGAACCUGAAAGUAUUCAUGAAAAUGAGGUACAACUGGGAGAUAAGCAACUGUUAAACGUGACUCUACCACCUGAUUGUAAUCUUCUUGAGAUCUCGUGCUCCACUAACACCAUCACCAAAUCUCCUACAUUGCAGUCAGCUACAUCAAUUUCUGAUUCGUUGUGUGUGCAUAAGCAAAUCACUUUUCACAGAUCUAAUAAACAUUCAAAUGCAAAUUUUCCUACUGUUUUUUCUACUUCUUCCAAUGUGAAACAUUUUCAAAGGCUUCCUAUGGGGGUAACCGAUAAAAAAAAUCCACCACUUGGAAAUAAAACUACUAAUUAUGGUAACAAAUCCGUUUAUUUUCAUCUGCCGAAAGAAUGGGUGGCUCCAAAAGCAAGGACAGGUUCAAAAUUAAAUUCCAUUACUGAACAAAAGUCAGUCACUACAUCUUUAAAUAGUUCAUCUAGUAAUCAAAAGAAUCGACCUGCCUCCGUUUUAUCCAUAAAAGAACAACUUCUGAAAGAAAAAAGACAAAAUCUCAUUAAAAACAUGGAGAAUAAAGAGGAACGCUUACGUGCGUUUCAAGAAGCUCAAAAACAAAAAAUGGAAGCUCGUAAAAAAGCUAAUGAAGAACGUUUUCUUGCAGUACAACAACGAUAUCAACAAAUGUUGCAAGGAAUUCAAGUUAAAGAAAAUACUUCUUCUACAAAUAAUAUUUCUAUACAAAAACAAAAACAUAGUACAAAUGCUAAGUCGAAUCAGACUACUAAAAAAUGCUUUGUCAACUUAAAUCUUACGGAUCAUAAUACAUUACAAGUACAAAACAAAACUAUUACUGUGAUCAAGAAACCUCUAUUGGAUAGCAAUCAAAAGCCCCAAUCAACUGUAAAAGUGAACACUAGUCAACUCAAUGAACAGUCACAAGUAUCGGAGAAGAAUACUGUGUCUCCAAAAGUACCAAUAAUCAAUAGUCCAACUGUCAAUGAAUCCUUCAAUAUAUCACUUUUGAAUUCUGACUCAGAGUCAGAAAAUGAUGAACUAAACAUUAAAGUCCCUUCCUGGUGCCGACGAGGAAAUCCUGAAUUCAUAGCUACUUUGUCGGCUCUCUGUUCAAAUCAACUAAGGUGGCAAGAUGAGCUCCGACCUGCAUCACUGAUACCAAUCGAUAUCGAUGAUAUGUUCCAUGGGUAUAAGUAUACGAAUCGAACACGUGAAAGCAGUGCUAUAUGGGAUUCUCCUUAUGGCAAUCCAACGCGUUCUCCUAAUACGUCUCUUUCAAUGAAGAUACCUUUGUAA